UGCUUGCACAACACUGCUUUAAUAAAUGAGGACCAUUAGCAUGACAAAGCCCUGUACUGAACGGAGGCCGUGCCAGGAGGGGGGGGUCUUAAUACACCUUUUUUUUCCUCAACACACACACAGAAACACAGAGAAACACACACACACACACACGUAUACACAGAAGGCUGGACGGUGAGGAAGGAGGCAGGACAGGAUGAAGACGUGACCCUGAAAAGGAGAGCUGGCACUUAAAAUUGGGUAUACACACUAAUUUAUUUACACACACACACACACACACACACACACACAAACACACACACACACAUACACACAAAUAAAGUAUGGAUUGGAGUCUUGGUUACACUCGUCUAUGUGAGAAGAAGUCCAUUGCCAUGAGGACACUUGUACACAUAUAGAUCUGUGUGUGAGCCCAGUCUUAGUUCUUUUACACUCACACACACACACUCACACACACACACACACACACACAAACACACGCAAACAAACACAGCAAGACAGAUGUGUGACAAGAGAGACAAAGAAGCAUCUCACUACAAGGGACAGAAGACACACGGAAGAUACAGCCGUCGUCCAUCCACCUAUGGGAAGAUGUCUCCUGUCCUGUUGAUGGCGAUUCUGUCCAUGCUUUCUGAAAGUUUGGCUUCAAAGACAGUAGACACUUCCAGCACUGAAAAUAUAUCAACAGAGUCGUUCCAAGAAGAAACGUCAGAGAGGUGCAUCGUGGAUUCUGUGGCCCUUGUCAACCAACCGCUUCUGACCUCAGAGACGGUGUUCCAGCUGGUGAAUGCAUCCUGCAGCUUCAUCCAGGCUUUCUAUUACUGCCAGAGUCACUUCAGCUCCCUCACCUUCCGAGAUCAACGUGAGGAUGAAGAGGGCAUGAGGCAGGUUCUGACUCAGACCAAGUUGCAGUAUCCGGUCUGGGUCAGAGACAGUAAGAACCUCAGCCCCACACCCGUGCCGAGCCUUUACAAACAUAAUGUCGUCCUCACAGGAUUGUCCUUCUCUGGCAACUCUAAAGAUGGGUAUGCCCGAGUGGAGGCUUCGUUCCCACCACUGUCUGAGGUGAGCGUGUGCAUACGUGCCCAGUUCGCCCAGUAUCAUGAAGAGGUGUCCACCCUGUUCUCAUAUGCUGCACCCACCCUGACAAACGAAUUCCAGCUUCGCGGAUGCUUAGACAAGUCCAAGCGUCACGUCUUACUGGCCCUCAUCAUCCACGGAAAGCAUCACUCUUACAAAGCUUGGUUUCCCAACAAUGGUGGCUGGCACCAGAUUUGCGUUACUUGGCGGAAAAGUGAUGGACUUUGGAAUAUUUACGUAGACUCUGAAAAACGCGACUCGGGUUCGGACAAAGCCUUGUCUCGGGAUAUCUAUGGAAAUGGGAUAUUAAUUCUGGGACAGGACCAGGAUUCUUUUGGGGGGAAUUUUACUGAGCCAUUUUUGGGGAACAUGACGGAUCUAAACAUUUGGGAUUCGUGGCUGCUGGAGAAAGAGAUUCAGAUGCUUUUCACCUGUUCACCUGCCUCAACUGCGAAGCCAUUUUUCAGCUGGCAAGAGCGCAAUCUGACUCUCCACACUGUUGUAAAGGAGAUAUCAGGGAUGGUGCAUUGCCCUGGUUUUCUGCAGCAGAAACAGAAAGAGCAGGAUUCCUGCCGAGUUCUGAAUGACUUUAAUAAUGGUGAUCCAAAAUACAGCACGACACCUUGCUCAAACGCUCAUCCUUUCGUCUGCAAAAUCAGGAAAGACCGCUAUCUGAAGAAGAAAGAGCUGGAGGAGUCGUUGAUCUCACACCCGAGUCUCCUCAUGCAAAACCUCAUGAGCAAUGGCAUGACGACUGAAGAUAUCCUUGGUAUGCCUGAUGCAGACGACAGCUGGCCUGGAAUCUCUAAUCUGCUUAAUGUCUCCAAGAGUUACUUGCAGGAGUCCCAAGGCGAGCUGGAUAGCAGGGAUGUUCCACCUCUGCUUGGGAUGCUGUCCCGUGUUGCUGAGCUGCCAACCACAGGAGACCAGAGCCACUCGAUGGCACACGCAAUCGGCCGCAGUUUCAUCAGUCUGGCUGAUACGCUCAUGAGCGAGAAGAUCAGGGACAAAUGGGAGACCAUCAGAGAGGUUGUUAGUGGUCCAAUGGUUGUGGUGCAGACUAUCGACCGCAUGGCAUCUAAUCUCAGCCCACUGCUCCUGGGGGGCACAGACCACGUUCAGAUAAACAGCAGCAAUAUCAGACUACAGGUCAAACAGAAGAACGUGUCUGAAAGUUCUCAUGGAUCAGAGUUCUGCGGUUCUGGAACAGCUGGUCCCCUCGGUCUGGAUUGUAUCUCUGUUCCACCUCAAAGCAUGAAAGAGCUCCAAAGUGAGGGCUUCGGGAAAGUGACUCUGUUAAAUGCGUGGUACAGCUCCUUGAGGCCGCUGUUGAACAGGGAGGACAACAUCACGCUCAUCCCUGUUAGCACUGAUGCCUCUUUCAAGUAUAAGGAAACGGUCCUGGGCUCAUCGAUCAUUUCCAGCAGAGUGAUGGCUGAUGGGAAGUUCAUCAGUCUGGGUGUGCAGUAUACACUCCGCCAUCACGUUCAGAGCACUUCAGGGAUUGUUCAUAAGCCCAUCUGCGCCUUUUGGAAUUUCGAGCUCCUGGCAGAGGAUAAAGGAGGAUGGUCGACUGAUGGCUGUGAGGUCAUUUCCUCACAAGAGAAUGCGACUUCCUGUUACUGUAACCACACCACCAACUUUGCCUUGCUCCUGCAGAUUUAUGAAGUUCAGCGUACCAUAGAGGAGGAAAGAGGUUUACAGAUCUUAAGCUUCGUCGGCUGCGGAGUGUCUCUGUGUGGCCUGAUCUUCACCUUCAUCCUCUUCAUCGCUGUCAGUGUCCCAAAAUCUGACCGCACAACAGUGCAUAAGAAUCUGAUAGUAGCUUUGGCAGCUGCUCAGUUUCUCCUCAUCUUCAGUUACUGGGCUUCUGCUAACCAGGAUCUGUGCCUGAUGGUGACGGCUCUUCUUCACCUCUUCUUCCUGGCCUCUUUCUGCUGGAUGCUGGUUGAAGGGAUGCUGCUCUGGAGCAAAGUCGUCUCUGUAAACAUCAGCGAGGACAGAAGAAUGAGAUUCUACUACGCCCUGGGCUGGGGCUUGCCAGUUGUCAUUGUCUCUGUAACCUUGACAGUGUCGCUGAAAAAGUACAAGGCGGAGCAGCACUGCUGGCUCAACACAAAGUCUGAUAUUAUUUGGGCUUUUGUGGGGCCUGUACUGUUUGUUCUUACGGUCAACACCGUGGUCUUGUGCCGGGUUGUCAUGGUAACCAUCUCUAGCGCGAGGCGCCGGGCCAAAAUGUUGGCACCAAGCUCCGCCUCCAAAUCAAAGCCCCUGGAUCUGACGUGGGCAGCAACGCGGCCUGUCUUGAUUCUGAUGCCGGUUCUGGGUCUGACGUGGCUGUGUGGUGUUCUGGUUCACCUGUCUGUGGUUCUGGCCUACCUGUUUGUUGCACUUAAUGCCUUCCAGGGUUUGUACAUAUUCCUGGUGUAUGCGGUUUAUAACAGUGAGGUACAGAACGCUAUAAAGAGAAUUCAGGAGAAAAGGAAAGCUCUGUCCUUUACUAAUUGCUCUCAGCCAAUCAGCUUCUUGCCCUCUCAGAAGACCCCUGGUGCAUCAUGGGUAGACAGCUUGCCCACCCCUUCCAGCCCAGAGAGCAGCAGCUCCAGUCACAUGACCAACUCCACGGCCAGCUCGCUCGUCAUUAAGAACGAAAGUUUCAGAAAUGAUAAACUUGUAAGCUUCUCAUUAAAACCAACUGCAGAAAAUCCAGUGGUUCAGCUGAUGGCCUUCAAACCUUCAGGUUCAACUCUAGUGGGUGCUGUACUGUAUUUGCUCACAAAUUCACCCCCGAAGGCUCUCGUGUAGACGUCUCAGUCAAUGUAAAUAUUUCAGAACUAAUACACGAGAUUUGAACAUCAUUUGUGUUUUCUUACACAAUGGAAAUAUGAAUUGAAUAAGAAUUAAAUGCAGGAAUGUGAGAUGGCAGUGGCAUUCUACAAAGAAUGGAACAGAUUGGAGUGACCUGCGAUGCGAAAUGGAACAAGGUGGAACAGAAGUGAAUGGAAUGGAAUGGAAUUGAACAUAAUAGUUUGGAAUUGAAUAGAAAGGAUCAGAAUAGAGUAAAAUAUCGGAAGGAAAUUGAAUGAAAAAUCAAUUGAAUUGCAAAGAGAGUGGAGUGUUACAGUAUGUAAUGACAUAGUAGAAUAGAAGAAUAUAAACAGAAUGAAAUACAACGGUAUAGAAUAAAACGGAAAAGAACAGAAUGGUAUAGAAUCGAAUGGAUUAAUUGAUUCAUAUUUUAUAGGCUGGUAUAAAAUGGUAUAGAUGAGAAAUAGACUGAAAUAUAAUAGAACAGAAAAGAGUCGAAUUGAAUAGGAUACAAAAGAAAGAAUUAUAGAAAGAAAUCGAAUAUUAAAGCAAAUGAUGAAUUGCAGUGUUACAGUCUGUGCUGACUGAAUUUUCUGUUACAGCCUGUUGAAGACAGGACACUGGUGGACAACACAUGCUGCUGACCCACACACACACACACACACACACACACACACACACACACACACACACACACACACACACAAAGUGAAGCAGCUGGAGAAGAGCAGGCCUCUCCCACACUGCAGUCCCCCUCGUUCCCAGGGUUAGAGUGAAACAGUGCUGUGUGUGUGUGUGUGUGUGUGUGUGUGUGUGUGUGUGUGUGUGUGUGUGCCUGAAGUUCUCCUCUUCACUCCUCACCGAGCUCAGACUGAUGAAAACAAAGUGUAGUUAGUGUUAGGAUCAGACACACAGCGAGUCUUACCGCAGCACAACUUCAGACCAGACGGCUUCGGCUGUCGGUGAGAAGCUUUACCGUGACUGUAGCUGAGUAGGUUCAUGUAGAUACACUGCAAUACGCUGUAGUGUCACGACACACUGACGUAUGACACAGUGACGUACGACACAGUGACGUACGACAUGCUUUAGUCCCCUGUGAUGUGACCUCACUGACGCCUGCCUACCACAAGAGCAGGAAAUAGGAACGGUUCGAAUUAGCGAGGCGUCGCUGCUUAAAAUGUAGUUUAGAGAAAAAAAUUUAUUUGCUGUUAGUUUUUUUUUUUUUUGUACCAUCUGACGAAACCAUAGAGAUGUGAUUUUAUUUCUGAUUCAAAUGGAUGUUCGAUAGAUGUAAAUUAUACGUGGAUUUUUUUUCCUUAUCAUGAAAAAAAGAAAGUUGGUGAAUUGCUUUGACAAUAAUGAAAAUCCCUGUAAAUAAACCUGCUGUAAACCUUCCACAUGUGGAGUCGAUUUAUUUAUUUAUUUAAAAAAUAAUACUAACAAUAGUGUUAAUAACAGUAAUACUAGUAAUAGUAUACUAUACAAUACACUAAACUAUAUAAUACUUGAUCUUGUGUGAAAGCAUAAAAAAAUUGGAACAUGAAGCAGAAAAAUGGUAAUUAAUUAAGUAAUUAAAUAGUAACUAAUUAACAAAUGAACAGCUUCAAAUCAUGCUUACACAUAGACAUGAAAGAAGUGUAACUAUAACAGCAUCUACAUCACAUCAGGCUUUCUGAUUCAAUCCCAUCUUCAGUCUUUAUGGAGGCGGGGCUUAAUAAUCGCAAUGAUAUCAAAUUGUGUUAAUUAGUUGCGUUUUUUCCCAAGAUGUUUAGCUAAACACUGAGGUUGUGUUUACGUGCUAACGUCGCUUGUAUACUACAGAAAGGUAA